AUGGUCUGCUCGUGUUGUGGAAGUUCUAAGCACAACUUGCGUGGCUGUCCGCUACCAGGGAGUAAACGUCUGCGGGAACUCGCUGACGAAAACCGACGACUGCGCAGGGCGGCUCCCAACCCACAGGAAGGACGUCGACCACGAAAGUUUGGUGUUAACCACUGGGGUACCUUGAGCAAGAAGAGCCAGCACCGCAAGCAAGCUUCUACUGCUUACUCUGGGAAGCAAGCUCAACAGCUGCGGAAGCAGAAGGACAGGGAACGUCGACUCAAGACCUCUCCAAUGCCCAGCAACCCCGCAUUGGAGAUCGCUGCUGUGGAAGAGCUGCAAAAGCUCGGACGUGUCAACUUGCUCACUUUGCAGUCCUGGUUGCCAACCUGUGUUCGACUGGGCCGAAAGACCAGUCCCUCCAAGCUCUUGAUGCUCAUCCGAAACUGGGUGGCCACUGGCUUGGGCCGUGCCCCCUCCGCCUACAACUUGGCGCGUGCAGCGGGAAUGACCUUCAAGCCUGUCAAAGCGAUUCUGCAGUGUCUCCAGGACCUGGAAAGUGAAGCAGGGCGUCGCCUCAAUGACUCCCUCACUUUGCGUGGAACGGUCGAGGUCGACGCAACCUCUCUCAGAUGUGUGCGUGUCUACAAGGGAACCAAGAGGUUUGCGACAACUGUGCGCACGUGGCUUGCGAAGCAUCCGCACGGCCCAGUGCCGAAGUACUGGCUUCUCCACUACAGGCUCGUGGGCGCGGUGCAAAGAAGCGACAAUCGCAAGCUCGUUGUUCGUCUCCUGGAACACAAAGUCGUCCCAGCUGCUGCGAAGCCUCCUCCGGAGGCGACGGCUGAGAUUCUCCAGUCGAAGCUUUUGGACAGUGUGCACAAGAACGCUACGCUGAUGGCAGACGGAGCACGGUCUUGGACGGCUGCAGCCAAAACCACCGGACACCGUGGAGACGCGAAACAUGUCUGCCACUCCAAGGCUGAGUUCACCAAGGCUUCUUCCGACUCGCUAACUCUAGGUACUCAGCUGCUUGACAGGGUAUGGGGUAACAUCAAAUGUUGUGUUCCGCCUUCCCUCGCCAGCCGCGCAAAGCACGGCUUGCCUGAACAGCAGAUCCUGCAAUAUGUCUACCAAGCAUUGUGGCGCCGACAUAUCGGCACUGCAAGUCUGCUGCAGCACUUGGGGGCUCUCGCAAAGGCUGCCUGA